GUCUGGCAUUCGCGUGCAGAAAUCCCCCCCGAGUGGAAGACAUUUCCAGCUGCAAAUAUGACAAAAAUAUUUCACAAUUCGCUGCUGCAGCCCAAGACACGAUAUCAACUGUUGGCCACAGUCAUCGUAAACAUCAUCAUGUUUGGCCAUGGCGUUGGCGUGGGCUGGCUGUCACCGACUUUAACGAAAAUUCAAUCACCCAACUCUCCGUUGGAUUUUGUUGUGAACAUCGAUGAGAUAUCCUGGCUGGGCUCGAUGCUCGGUCUGGGCAGCUUGUGUGGCAAUCUGAUUAUGGCUUUGCUGCUGGAACGAGCUGGUCGAAAGUUUUGCAUUUAUCUAAUGGCGAUACCAAAUGCGUGUCUGUGGAUUCUCAUCUACUGCGCCUCCCAUGUGGGUUACCUGUAUGCUGCGCGUUUUCUGUGCGGCUUUACUGGUGGCGCUGGUUAUGUGGUCAUUCCCAUUUUCAUCAGUGAAGUGGCCGAUUCCAGCAUUCGCGGCGCACUGAGCUCCAUGGUCAUGUUAUCCGUCAAUCUGGGCAUUUUGGCUGGCUAUAUUUUGAGCACAUAUCUGCCCUACCACAUUGUGCCCUUUUUGGGUAUUCUGUUGCCCAUUUCCUACUUUAUGGCAAAUUGUUUGUUGCCCGAAACGCCACCGUAUCUGCUGAAGCGCAGCCAAUUAAGUGCAGCUGAGAAAUCCUUCCGAUAUUAUAGAAAUCUGCGUGAAGAGGCAGCGGCAGAAACAUCCAAGUGUAAAUUUGAGGAGUUGCGUACGGCAGUGCUGGCACAGCAGGUGCAAAAUACAACAACAGCCUUGAGCUAUAGAGAUUUGAUCACCAAACCCGCUCUGAAAUCUUUUGGUGCUGCGGCUGUGCUCUGCAUGGGCUACCAGUUCAGCGGCGUCUUCAGCUUCAUCAACUACAUGUCUGAUAUAUUCGCCUCCUCUGGCACAGUGCUGGAUGUCAACACCUGCACAAUCAUCAUUGGCGUAGUGCAAAUUGUUGGAGUCUAUACCUCCACCAUAUUUGUGGACAUCGUGGGACGACGACUGCUCAUGCUGCUGUCCACCCUGGGUGUGGGUCUGGGCUGCAUUGCCUUUGGUUGCUUUACCUACUUUGCAGGGAUCUAUGAUCUCAGCGAGUUCAAUUGGCUGCCACUGGUGCUAAUGAUACUCAUUGUGUACUUGGGAAAUAUUGGACUUAUCGGAAUCUUCUUCCUGGUGUUGGUGGAACUUUUUCCUUCGAAGAUACGCUCUUUGGCCACCUCCAUCUCCGUUAUAUUCCUGAGUCUCCUAGUCUUUUGUACCUUGAAGUUAUUCCCAUUGUUCCUGCACUUUUUGGGCAUAUCGAUUACCAUGUGGUUCUCAGCCGUUUCGGGUUUACUCACUUUUGUUUACUUUUUGCUGUUUUUGCCCGAAACCAAGGGAAAAUCUAUGAUUGAAGAUUAAAACAGAACUUUUAUCUAA